CUGGGCGCCGCCGCCGCCGCGCUCGCCCUGUACUCGGCGCUGCCCGAGCCGGCCCGGGCGGACGACGAGCCGGUGACCGUGCUGCUGUGGUGGGAGCCCUUCGGCCGCCAGCGGCGCUUGCCCGACUGCCGGCGGCGCUACAACAUCAGCGGCUGCCGCCUCAGCGCCGACCGCAGCCGGCUCGGCGAGGCGCAGGCGGUGCUGUUCCACCACCGCGACCUGGCGCGGCACGGCGCCGAGGGGCUGCCCCGAGGGGCCCCGCCGCGGCCCCCGCGCCAGCGCUGGGUGUGGAUGAACUUCGAGUCGCCGUCGCACUCGCCCGGCCUGCGGGGGCUCGCCGGGCUCUUCAACUGGACCAUGUCCUACCGCCGCGACUCCGACGUGUUCGUUCCCUACGGGUAUCUCUACGCCCCGCCGGCGCCCCGGCCCUUCGUCCUGCCCCGCAAGACUCGGCUGGUGGCCUGGGUCAUCAGCAACUGGAACGAGGAGCACGCCCGGGUGCGCUACUACCGCCAGCUGAAGGAGCACCUGCCCAUCGACGUGUACGGGGCGCGGGGGCUGGCGCUGGCCGAGGGCGGCCUGGUGGAGACCGUCUCAGCCUACAAGUUCUACCUGGCCUUCGAGAACUCCCAGCACACCGACUACAUCACCGAAAAGCUCUGGAGAAACGCUUUCUCCGCCAGGGCCGUGCCCGUCGUCCUCGGACCCCGCAGGGCCAACUACGAGCGCUUCAUCCCCCCCGAUUCCUUCAUCCACGUUGACGACUUCCCCAGCCCGCGGCUGCUGGCCACCUACCUGAAAUUCCUCGAUAAAAACAAACCCAACUACAGGCGGUACUUUGCCUGGAGGAAGAAGUACGAAGUCCACGUCACCUCGUUCUGGGAUGAGCAUUUCUGCAAGGUCUGCGAGGCUGUUCGGACAGCUGGGAAUCAAAUCAAGACUGUUCAAAAUCUGGCCAGCUGGUUUGAAAGCUGAUGUUCCUGGAAGAUGAGGCGUGCUGGACAGCCUGGGCCAAGCGCCAAGGUGUCAGGCAGGAUGGAUCUCACAGAGAUCAUUAGCCCAGGUAGUCGGCAUUAGCCACUGGAGACUGGCAUCACUUGGAGAAGGAGACUGGUACAGGAAAACAAGCUGUGAAAAGCCUAUAAAAGGAAGAUUUUUAUUAAAGAGAAAAUUAUGAAGGCGCAAAGAGACAUUAUGCCAGAUGAUUCCUAAAGAGCAAAGUUAAAUUUCCAGAAGUUGCACAGUUACAGAACUUUUAAAUUUCUGCACAGCUCAACAUAAAUAUCCAAUGCCAAAUUCCUCAGCUGUACAGCUGAAACCAAUUUUGGCGGCUAUGACAACUUCCUGGAGCAUGAAACUUUCCUCUGCUCACAGAAGAUACAUGAUCAGUGCUGGUUUUCUGUAAUACUAAGACAAAAAUGAAUGUUUUAAACUGUUUUUUAUGCAUGUGAAAGCUAUUUACAAAUUCUGAGCCGCAAGUGUUGAAUGUAAGAAUCUUAUGAUACAGUAGCACCUUUUAGCAGUGCUUGAAAUUGCAGCAGCCAGUUAAUAAUGCUUUGAACCAAAUAAUUGUUCCAUUUAGGAAAAAGUGUAUGGAGGCGACUGAAUCUGAGUGGACAAACAGCUCAGGUGAUGUAAAGUAUUCUGCUACCUGCUGAAACCAUAGGCAUACUUAUCCUGUAUGAGAGUAGAGUAGAACUUUAAGUACAGGAAAACGCAGACUGUAGGGAAGAAAGUCAGAACAUUUCCACCCUUCCUUUAUUCAGGAAUUAGAAAAUGUUUACAGGUAUCUGCAUGUUUUUCUCUGCAAAAUUAUUGCCAUGCAGGAAAAUGCAGGCAAAGGCUCAGAAUGGCAGGGGUUUACUGUAUUGACUAUAUAUACUGAAAGGCAAACUUUUUUCUCAAGUAUCAGUAGACAGUGCCGUUGCGUAGCAACUCAUUUGGUUUUUGGCCUGCAUUUAAAAAAAUUCUGCUGGGGAACAGACUAAUCAGAAUGUUGUUUUGUUGUUUUAAAAAUAAUAAUUACCAAAAAAAUCCCCAAACUCCCAAAUCACUUCCAUUCAGAAAGAAAAUUACUUCAGAGAAUAAGAUCUACACUGUCAGUAAAAUACAGAUUA